GGUGCCGUUUAUGAAUGAUAUUCAAGGUCGUUUGGUCUUUACUAGGUUAAUUGGUUAAUGCAUAUUAAUUAAGAUAAUGGCUCUGGAUCUUUCAAGUGUAAACGAUACUUCUUUCGGAGAUCCUUACUCAAAUACAAUGUAUAAUAGUGUCUUUUUAUCCUCGGAUGUGAUUUCCUUCCCUGGGACAAACGAUAUUCUAUUCUAUAUAUCUGAAGUAGGUCAUCUUAUCUUAGCAAACUUUUUUGUUGAAAAUUCUAAUGGAAGUUAUAUUCUCAAGAAACUUCCAUCUGUCAAAUUUCCACAAACUACUUCAGGCGUACCGAUUAAUGUGUACUCGGAUAAAGGUUAUUCGAAUCAAGAAGACUGUUUGUUUUCAACUUCAACGAAUGGUUGUUCUAGUCUAUUCGACUUGAGUACACCGACUAAAUUCGGAUGUGUUGAUCUGGAUGCACAGCUUUCAUCGUCUGCUGCAGAUCGUACAAAUGUUUGCUAUAGUCAAACUGGUGUACAAUGGACUACACCUAAUUCAUCAUCGACAACGACGACGACAACAACAACGUUAUUGAUCAACUCAGAUGUGGAACAGGCUGUUGCUGCUACUACACCUCGUCGACAAUGUGAAAAUGACUCAAAAAGCUUGCAUAGAAAUGAAGUCGACAAUGAGUCACCAUCUACUACAAGGUCGAAAUUCUUAGGACAAAUAGGUAAUAAAGGUUUUACUAAUAAACUGAAUCUUUAACUACUUAUUACUAUUAUUGUCAUUAUUACUAAUAAUCCCCUGGGGUUCCGAUUAUUAGAACAUACGCCUUCAACAGCAUAUCUCCAUUUGAUGCCGCUCUCUUCAGUUAUCUUUACCUGGCUCUAUGAUUACCCGUACGCUUUCAUCUACCCCACAUCAACCUUGGAUCCAUGACCAACUCAUCUGUUUCCAUUCAAGUUCAACUUGACGGCCCGGUGCACGGUGUCACUUAACGGUAACCUUAACAGUGUGUAUCUAAUCUUUCUCCAUUUUCUUCCACUUUUUUUGUCGGCCAAUAGGUUCUUGGUUCUAGGCAAUCGACAGAAAGCCUUGGACCUAGGUUUCGUGAUAGUUGACACUCAUCAGCAAGGCGUAUCUGCAACCUUGAAGGAACUCAUGUCCCUUCUGAGAUUCGAACCCGUGUCACGAGCCAGUGCCGCAGUCAGAGACGUUACCGCUGAGCUAUUCGGGCUGGCUCGCAACUGACCUCUUGUAGGACUGUAGUGGGUAUUUUGAUUGGACACCAGUAACUAGUGCGACGUGUCUAGU